UCCCAACUCACAAAAAAAUUGAUUAAAAAAAUUGGUUUUUUUUUGCAACGUAUGUCACACGUUUGAGUAAUGGACACGUGCUAGAGAGGGUGCAUGGAAUGUUUGAUGAAAUUUGAUGUCUUUUAUAUAUAUAUGGAUUUCAACAAUAGUUAGAAUAUUGGAGUUGAAAGUGGAAAAUCUGAGCCCUGAAAUGAAGGCUACAUUGAAGUAUUUGGCUGGAAUUGCUGGACCAAGUGGCUAUGGCUCCAAAACUACUGCUCAACAAAUUUCUGAGGAUUCAAUGCCUUCUUCUCAUGAUAAUCUCACUGCAAUUGUCACUGGCGCGACGUCGGGGAUCGGUCUGGAGACAGCAAGAGUGCUGGCCAAGAGAGGAGUGAGAGUGGUGAUGCCAGCAAGGGAUUUGAGCAAAGCAGAAAGAGUGAAGGAAAGCAUACAAAAAGAGAGCCCACAAGCUGAGAUUAUCAUUUUGGAGAUUGAUUUGAGCUCAUUUGGAUCUAUUCAGAGAUUUUGUUCUGAGUUUCUAUCAUUAGGAUUGCCUCUACAUAUUCUCAUAAACAAUGCUGGCAAAUAUUCACAGAAGUUGGAGUUUUCUGAGGACAAAAUUGAGCUUACUUUUGCCACAAAUUAUUUAGGUCAUUUUCUGUUGACAGAAAUGUUACUUGGGAAAAUGGUGGAGACAGCAGCAGAAUCUUGCAUUGAGGGGAGAAUAGUGAAUGUCUCCUCUGUGAUUCACAAUUGGGUGAAUCCCAAGCACUUUAGCUUCAUGAAAUUGCUCAAUCCAAAAAGCUACAAUGGGACUAAAGCUUAUGCUCAAUCAAAACUAGCAAACAUACUACAUGCCAAGGAACUAUCAAGACAGCUCAAGGCCAAAAAAGCAAAUGUGACUAUCAAUGCUGUCCAUCCUGGGAUAAUCAAGACUGGAAUUACCAGAGAUUACAGAGGCUUUCUUACAGAUUCUCUCUAUUUUGUGGCAUCAAAAUUGCUCAAGUCAACAUCACAGGGGGCGGCCACGACGUGCUACGUUGCAUUGAGUCCGCGAGUUGAAGGCAUGAGCGGCAAGUAUUUCGCAGACUGCAACGAGAGCCAUUGCUCAGCACUGGCCAAUGAUGAGAGCAAUGCGAGGAAGCUAUGGAAGCAGACGCGUGCGCUCAUGCACAGGAGAUUCCUUCUCCCGGUGGGAAAAUGUGGUGAAGGAGAAGAAGCCAAUACAAAUUGAACUUAACUAAGUUUUACAUAAUCUUUUUAGGCAUGUAAAUAAUACAAGCACUCUCUAGCUUUAGAUUUCAAUAUUUCCAUUCUUGUGGUGAUGAUAAAUAUUUGUUUAUCAAUAAUAAAUGUAAUUUUGUUGAUCCGAAA